UCGGCUCGUGACGUAGUCGCGCGCUCUUCUUGAUGGAAGGACUCACCGGACAGGAGGGAGACGGCGAAGGAUGAGCAGGAGGUAAACUGAGCUGCAGACACGCUGGACGGACGGAUACAUAUCGCAUUAUGGUGAAUCUACAUCGCCCCCUGCUGGCCGUGUGGGUGUAUCUUCUGCUCCCCGGCGGCCAGAGCAGGAUCGUCGGCUACAGCAAUGGCUUUCACUAUCAAGAUAUCAACAACGGGAACGGAAACGGGGAGAUAUAUUUCAAUGGGAUUCGGCUCCACGUUGAGUCCCCCCAGUCUUCAGUGUCGGCCUCCAGGGGUAGCAGUGUCACCCUUCCCUGUUACUACCGCUACGAGCCUGAAUUGAGCACGCCACGCAGGACUCGUGUCAAAUGGUCCUGGCUGCCUGCUAGCAGCAUCACCACAACCAGUCCCCCUAAAACCUUCGUCAAAGAAACUGAGGUCAUGGUCGCCAUGGGUGACCGCCAUCGCAGCUAUGGCAACUUUCAGGGUCGUGUGCGCCUGCGACGCUCAGAUCCAGGAGACAUGUCUCUUGUGAUAAACGAGCUGCAGCCGAAUGACACGGGACGGUAUCGCUGUGAGGUGAUUGAUGGCCUGGAAGAUGACAGUGUGACAGUGGAGCUGGAGAUGAGGGGUGUGGUGUUCCCCUAUUAUUCUAAAAAGGGACGCUACCGUUAUAACUUCUUUGGGGCCCAAAGAGCAUGUCAGGACCAGGAUGCCACUCUGGCUACAUUUGAGCAGCUCUUCACGGCGUGGGAGGAAGGGCUAGACUGGUGCAAUGCUGGCUGGUUGGCCGAUGGUACAGUACAAUACCCAAUCACAGUGCCACGUGAUGGCUGUGGGGGGUUUAACUUAGCACCCGGUCUACGCAGCUAUGGACAACAACAUCGCCUCCGCCACCACUAUGAUGCGUUCUGCUUCUCGGCUUCUGUAAAGGGGGCCGUCUACUUCCUAGAACACCGUACGAAGCUCAAUUUUACUGAGGCGGUCCAGGCUUGUGUCAGCGAUGGAAGUCAAAUUGCCACUGUAGGCCAGCUGUAUGCUGCUUGGAAGCUGCAGGGAUUGGAUCGCUGUGAUGCCGGCUGGCUGGCUGAUGGAAGCAUCCGUUAUCCUAUCACAAAGUCACGGGUUAACUGUGGUCCACCACAGCCAGGUGUGCGUAGCUUUGGGUUCCCCCCUCAGUCCCUGAAGUUUGGUGUCUAUUGUCAUAGGUAGGUGCUCCGACUCAGGACUGGUUCAAAGUUGUGCUCUGCAGGUUGGAAUUAUUUACCAGUUGGCCAAUUUAUUCAUUUUUCAGAUAUAUUACAGUGAAAACGUUUCGCAUCAUCACAAAACCCAUCUAUCAGUCUUCCACUUGGUUACUAAUCAAGAACUCAAUGCCACUCGAGCUUGACAAAACACAACAUGGCCAAAAAGUAUGUGGACACAACAUUUCAGCCACAAGUCAGCGCUAAAGAUCUAGUUUCAAAACUGUUAGCAACAUUAUCUUGCUUUACCAACCGUCUCUCCUUAUUUUGGAUCAGAAUUUACCAAGUGUUAUUUAAACAGCUUAAUUCAGCCCGAAACAUUGAGUAUCGUACUUCAGUUCAUCCUAUGGAUGCUGGAGGUUUUGAGGUUAUGCUCAAUGGGCCAGUCAGGUUUGCCUGCUUCUGAAAUUGCAUCUCUAAUAAUACGACUUUGUGUAGUUUUUAAAUGACAAAACUCAACCAUCGACAGAGAGUAGCAGUCAGACUCUGAUUUAUAACAUGAAGACAGGCAAAUAUUUGAUCAAAACUGUACUGUUAAAGUUUUUAGAUAUUGUCCUUCAUCAGCACUAUUCUGCAGACACGUGCAUCAUGUCAUUAUUCUGACUUAGAAUUUCCCUUACGACGGAUUUCAGCUUAAUGCAGUGCUGAAAUCUGCCAAAAUAUGUUUUUCCUUGCUCUAGCAAAAAUGUUAUUAUGUAAUUCUGGAAAGUAUGCCUAUUCAAACAUUUGUUUCCAUUUAGUCACAAACUAACCACAAUAAACUGUAUAUUUGUUUAUACUCACUCUUCCUGUUCACCACAUAUAAACAAAUAGUCUGUCCCUGGGAUCCUCAUAUUGUAGACCACCUGACCAAAGACCACCUGAUGAUUGAGGCGUUUUUUCUCAGUUUUUUUUCUGCCAAAUGUCUGUUUGUUCCACUGAUUUCCAUCUCCUGAUUGUAAACUUGCCAAAUGUAGGAUACUAACACAGAGGAUGCCUUUUUUUAAAAAUAAUGUAAAACAUGUUAUUCACCAGUUCAUUAAGUGUAACGUGUCUGGUUUCUCUAAAGGUGUUAACGAGUGGCUCUCUGUGAUCCACACAACAUAAAUUCUGAGUUUUACCAUGUAUCAUUGUAACAUAUAAACAACUUUGUUUGAUUACAAAUGUUUACCUUCUUUUUUUUUGUAUUGGUUCUAUGCAUUUGGAC